AUUUGUCUUGGCCUCGUGGGCUAGAGCGCCGUGGAGAGCGAAGGGUCCUUUCUGAUCUUGUGCACGGACUCCUGACUUGCUUCGGCGGCCCCAAAGCUGCAGCCUCAUGACCCCGCUGGAUUGCAAGAACUGGCUUUCUCCCGUGCUUUCCUUUGCUCUCACCAUCUAGCUCUCCUCGCCCUCUCUUCUUCUCUCCUCCUCUCCCUUUCUUUUAUUAUCCCCCUUCUCCCCACCCCAGAUGUCCGCCAGGUCUGCAAAGUUGGUAACCUCGCUCGGGUAGCAGAAGUGGAAGUGGCUGGGGUGCAGCGCAAGCAUUGGCUCGGCCUCCCCGGCUUCUCGCUUUGAGCGGCUGUAGCCGGCGGAGACCGCAACUGCUUGCACCUCAGAAGCCACGGCCCGGCUUCUGUCGCCUGCUCUCCUGUGCGCUCCCCCUGAGUUCUCUCGGGCUCUGCUUCCCCCGCCCCCUCGACUUGGUUCGGUUUAUACUGGGAGGAAGAAGGCCGAAUUCUGGGAAACCUUUCGGGAUGCAAGGGCCUUUCCCCUCCUAGCAGAAGCCUGAGCGGCUGGCGGCCUGGGAUCCCCGCGUGCAGCAGCCCCAGUCAAGGCCUCUGCAGGGGCGAGAGCUGGUGGGGCGGGCAGGCCUGGGGCGUCCUGGAGCGCUGCAGCCCGCAGGCCAGGGGCAAGGCCGCGACCUCCUGGGCUCCACUGAAUCCGGCCGGAAAAGGUCGAAUUUCCUGAGACGCGUAUGAGGCCCACACUUGGGGGCUAGCGCCUUAGGCCGGCCAUUUCCAGUUGACUUAGAACGCGUCUCUACCGCCGCGGACGAAGGACGCCCCGGCCUCUGAAGGUUCCUAUAACUGGGCCAGGAGCCCAGCCCGGCCUCGCAGGGAACGGAUUUCCUCACGGCGGGCCUCGUUAAAAUGCGCAAAACCGCGGGAGUGAGGGCUGCCCCAGCGCCGGGGUUGGAGGGGAGGAGGGAAGAGGGGUGGGGACGGAGAGGCAGGAGUGUGGCGACACCGGUUCUUGUCGUGGCCUCCAGGAGCGUGCAGGUGCCCAGGCUAAAGGGGGAACUCAAGCAGACUGUGUCAGAGGUGUCUGUGGGCCGCCCCUCCUCCCAGGGUCUCCCCUUCAGGUCUUCACCUCGGGGCGAGCCAACGACCUCGCAGACCCAUGUCCCUUUUCCUUCCCUGGAAGGGCUUGGAGCGUGGAGCCCGGCAGGAGGGCCGGCCGUGGGGCGCCCAGACCUGGCGCAGGCCUCAGAGUAGGGGUGGAGGAGUCUUUCAGGCUGCCAGUUGCUUCCAUAGCCCCCAUUCAUACCAGCCCGCCAACGGCCUCGGGCAGGCAAGCCCGGUGAGCACACCAGAGGCCAAGGUCCUACCUAGAUGGACAGACUGGCAGGCGAGAGUGUAGGGGGGUGGACAGGACAGGGCAUUGCAUUUGACGGGGGGAUUGUGUGAGAUGUGAAAAAGAAGUGGCAAUGGUCAGCUUCCAGUUCACUCUGGAUUUCUGAGGGCCCUGGUAGCUGGAGGACCAGGUCCGCCACUUUUGCGAGACAGCUCCAGGGCUGAAUGGGAAGAGCUGGAGGCCCUGAGAGGACCCCCUAGUGUUUAGAGAACACGGAGGGCUACUGGCAGAUUCCAACAUAAGGAAGGGAGCACCCAAGGCGGACCUGGGCGCACACCAUAAACACCCCACUUGUUAAUAGUACGGGGCCCAAAGGACCCUUCAGACAGACCCCGAAAGACGGUUCACGUCCGGGCAGGGACUAGGCAAGCCCACAGGCCAGGCCCCCGAUCUCCAUCCACAUUGGGGCAGCCCCCGCAGUUCCUGGCCUUUGGGCUGAUUAUCGGGUGUGCGUCUCGAGGGCCAUCAAUACAGAUUACUUAUUUAUAUCAAUCGCGGGCUCGGAGGGCGCCCUCCGAGAGCUGCCCCACGCCUACGAAAUCAAACUGGGAGUGGUCGCGCAGGAACUCUGGCUCAGGAUUGGCUGCAGGCGCCCGCCGCGAUGCGGGGGGAUUGCUAAUCGUAUUCAGCAUGUUUUGCACAAGAAAUGUCAGCCAGAAAGGGCUAUCUGCUCCCUUCGCCAAAUUAUCCCACAACAAUGUCAUGCUCGGAGAGCCCCGCCGCGAACUCUUUUUUGGUCGACUCGCUCAUCAGCUCCGGCAGAGUCGAGGCUGGCGGCGGCGGCGGCGGCGCAGGGGGCGGCGGCGGCUACUUCGCCCACAGCGGGGUCUACCUGCCGCCGGCCGCCGACCUGCCCUACGGGCUGCAGAGCUGCGGGCUCUUCCCGGCUCUGGGAGGCAAGCGUAAUGAGGCGGCGUCGCCAGGCGGCAGCGGCGGCGGCGGCGGCGGCGGCGGGGCCCUGGGUCCCGGGGCGCACAACUACGCGCCCGCGCCCAUAGACCUAUGGCUCGAUGCGCCCCGGUCCUGCCGGAUGGAGCCGCCCGAGGGGCCGCCGCCACCGCAGCAACCCCAGCAACAGCCGCCGCCGCCCCCGCCGCAGCCACCCCAACCCCCGCCGCAGGCCACUUCGUGCUCUUUCGCGCAGAACAUCAAAGAGGAGAGCUCCUACUGCCUCUACGACUCGGCGGACAAAUGCCCCAAAGGCUCGGCCGCCGCCGCCGACCUGACCCCCUUCCCGAGGGGCCCGCCGCCCGACGGUUGCGCCCUGGGCACCUCCGGCGGGGUGCCCGUGCCCGGCUACUUCCGCCUCUCCCAGGCCUAUGGCACAGCCAAGGGCUACGGCGGCGGCGGCGGCGGCGGGGCGCAGCAUCUCGGCGCCGGCCCGUUCCCCUCUCAGCCCCCUGGGCGCGGCUUCGACCCGCCACCGGUGCUCGCCUCCGGCUCGGCGGAUGCAGCCCGGAAGGAGCGAGCCCUCGAUUCGCCGCCGCCCCCCACGCUGACUUGCGGUGGCGGCGGCGGGGGCUCGCAGGGCGACGAGGAGGCGCACGCGUCGUCCUCGGCCGCCGAGGAGCUCUCCCCGGCCCCUUCCGAGAGCAGCAAAGCCUCGCCCGAGAAGGACUCCCGGGGCAAUACCAAAGGCGAAAACGCAGCCAACUGGCUCACGGCAAAGAGCGGCCGGAAGAAGCGCUGCCCCUACACGAAGCACCAGACGCUGGAGCUGGAGAAGGAGUUUCUGUUCAACAUGUACCUUACUCGAGAGCGGCGCCUAGAGAUCAGCCGCAGCGUCCACCUCACGGACAGACAAGUCAAAAUCUGGUUUCAGAACCGCAGGAUGAAACUGAAGAAAAUGAACCGAGAAAACCGGAUCCGGGAGCUCACGGCCAACUUUAAUUUUUCCUGAUGAAGCUCCAGGCAACGCCGUGUUUGUGUUUGUGUUUCUGUUCUUGUUUUGUUUUCCGCUUCCAGAGAGCCGUCCUCCGCCCUCUGCCUCCGGCCUCUGCCCAGGACCCCGCACCUGUGCGGCAGCCCCACUGCUCCCUCCCACCUCGCCGGCCACGUCUGUGCAGGGCUGGUUUGUUCUGGCUUUUUGUUUCUCAGUCUGUUUGCUAGGUGCUGGUUUACUUGUCGUUUUCUGGGGGAAAAAGCCAUAUCGCCCUAAAAUUCUAUGUAGAUGAAUAUUGUCCUGAGUGUCAAGGGGUGAACUGGGAUAGUUUGCUGUCUCAGUGUCCCACUGCUCGAGAUGGCCCCUGUCCUCCUGGGGGAGCUGGUUUCCUGUGGGGGGUUUGGGGGGGGGGGCCGGGAAACCUAGCCGGAAGGCCCAGGACGCCUUGUAGGCGCUGAGGUGUCUGGCCUGAGGUCGGUGGUGCAAGGAGCCGCCACAGGGCUGGCCAGCCUGGAGUGCUGGGCUGUGUUUAAUCAGGGGAUGCAGGCCCUAGGUUUCCUUCUUUUUCUUUCUUUCUUUCUUUUCUUUCUUUCUUUCUUGGCAGAGAGAAGGGCUUAUGGGCAUACAGGUUGGCAAAAGGGCUUGAUUUUGGCUGAUUGGAACAUUGAGAGGGUCAGAAAGGUAAAAUGUUUCCUUUCUUUGUAAGACAUCCCAGCUUUAAAAGAAAAAAAAAAAAAGAAUGACCAUGACAGGCAAACCCCUCUUCCAGUUUGUGUAAGGUCUUGCAUUGUGGGCAUCAAUUAUUUCCCUUCUCUCUGAAUUUCCAUAUCCUCUGGAAAAUAGUAGACAAAUAAUCUGAUGUAGUUUAGUUUAUAAAUGUGGAUUUAGUGGAUUUUUGUCCUAAAAUAAUUGUUGCCACUGGUAACACAACAAGCACACCACAAUUCUCCCUGUCUUGAGGAGGGUCCCCCCCCUCCACUUUUUUCUUCUUUUUUUCUUCCCAAAAAUUCGUGGAAGCCGAGGAGGGCUGGGGCAAGCGGAAUAGAUUAGAGAAGGGAGACAUUUGUCUGGUUUCCUUUAUACUGUGAAGUUACAUGCAUAAAAGGGUCAGACCUGUAGGUGCAGAAAAAGAAAAAAAAACUAUAAAUGCAAAUCUGUAUAAAUGUCUAUUAUUAUGAAAAAAUUGCCAAUCUUGUUUUAUGCAAAUGCAUUCUAUCGUUAUUAUAAAUGUUAGUUCUAGCUCUAUUCUAAUCUUAAAUCAGAAUAAAUUAAUAUUGUAAUGCUGCUGUGCGUGGAAAAAAAGACGAUGUUUAUGUUCUUAUAGAAGAAUAAAAGCUGUGGAAUGAA